AUGCCCUUAGGGAAUACUACAGUGUUAGGCCAUUUCUAUUCGUCUUGCCCUGUGUUGGUGGGGGAUAUUUUCUUGGCUGCCGACUUGUUUAUGUUGCCGAUGUCAGAUUUCGACGUCAUCUUGGGUAUGAUUUGGCUUACCGAGUACCAUGCCAUUUUGGACUGCUCUAUGAGGACAGUCACAUUCUGUAUACCAAGCUUACUGCAGUUCCAGUUUGUUAUCGAGCCCAGAGGAGAGCUGUUGUCUUGUUUGAUGUACUAUGCAGUUGAGGAGCCUGUUGUCUUGUGUAUUGAUCAGUUGCCAGUGGUUCAUGAUUUUCCUGAUGUAUUCCAAGAGAUUCUGGGAUUGCCGCCGUGCUGGCAUAUUGAGUUUCAGAUUGAUCUUGUGCCUGGUAUUGUGCCUAUCUUGAAGGCCUCGUAUCGUAUGGUACCGAUGGUUUUGUGA